AUGAUAAUAGAAAUAAUACUUAAUCCUGCAAGUAUUGAAAAUAAUAGACCAAUUCCAACAGCUUUUAUUAUUGGAGCAGCAACAACAGUACCUAAACCAGAAAAUAUAAAGGGUAAAAAGAUAACAACUGCAGAAAUAGCUCCAGCUUUGUUAGAAAGUAAAGUAUCAGGUGAACAUGAUCAAGAUGAACAAGUGAACAAGGACAAAUUACUAACAGACAAUAGCAUAUCAACAUCUAUUGAGAAACAAUCCCAUUCGAUAUUAACUAAAUUCGAUCUUUUGGCAUCUUAUGUUGCAGCAUCUACACCUAUUCUAGUUGCUGUUACUGGAUCGUGGUUAAAUAACAAUGACCCUGAUAGUCACGUGUCUACUUUGGGUUAUCAAUCACCGAUAUGUAAAGAUCGUCUCUAUAGGGCACGUAGUGGUUUGUUAAUUUAUGCUCGUAAUGACGUAAAAGUAUCUCCUCGUACUGAUUUUGAAAAUAAUCCAUUUGAAACCUGCUUUUUAAACGUACGGUUGUGUUACAGAAAGUCUUUCUUGAUUGGUGUACGUUAUAGAUCCAAAGAACACAAUAUAGCAAAUUUUGUUGAUUAUGUCAUUGCACCGGAUUAG